AUGGCACGAAGUAAUAACCUGACACCCGUUGACGUAUUACAAAUUUUGAUUAUACCAGUUUGUAAUCAAAUGAAUGUUAAUGAGGAAGAUAUUAGAAGAAUUGCCGUUCUUACUUUAAGAAACCUUACUCCUCUGAGACGCGACUUCCUUAUUAAUUUGACCGACAGAAUAAAUUCUCAUAGUGUAGAAUUGCAAAGACUAAGCAAUGAUAGUCUGGAAAAUGCAAUUUAUAACGGGUGCGAAUUUUCCAACUUAAUUGA